AUGGCAUGCUUAUUUACUGCAGUUUCAUCUAACAUCCUUACUCGUAUCAUGUCUCUGCAAUCAGCGAAAGAGUUAUGGGAUUAUCUCAAGACUGAGUAUGAAGGAGAUGACAGGAUACGAUUGCAAGUGUUGAAUCUGGUACGUGAGUUUGAGCUGCAAAGGAUGAAAGAAAGUGAAAUCAUAAAGGAGUACUCUGACAGACUUCAUAAUUUAGCAAAUCGAAUCAGAUUGUUGGGUUCCACUUUCAAUGAUUCAAGGAUCGUUGAAAAAAUCCUAGUAACGGCACCUGAAAGAUUUGAGCCUACCAUAACAACCUUAGAAAAUACUAAGGACUUGUCUAAGAUCACACUUGCAGAGCUCUUAAGUGCUUUUCAAGCGCAAGAGCAACGACGUGUUAUGAGACAAGGAGGAGCUGUCGAAGGUGCCUUACCAGCCAAGCAUCACGAUGAUGGACAUUCUAAGAAGAAGAAGAAUAAGAAGUACCAACCAACUGAUGGAGAAGGUGCAACGCAAAGCAACAAAAACAAAACAGGUGGUUUCAAAAGAAACUACCCUCCUUGUAAGCAUUGCGGCAAGCUCGGGCAUGCACCUUUCAAGUGUUGGAAGAGGCCUGAUGCUAAGUGCACUAAGUGCAUUAAGUGCAAUCAGCUUGGCAAUGAAGCGAUAAUCUGCAAGAACAAAACUCAGCAACACGAUGCAGAGGCUCGAGUUGAUGAUGAACAGGAAGAAGAUCAACUCUUUGUGGCAUUAUGUUUUACAAGUAGUGUCUCAAGCGAGUCAUGUGAAAAUUCUGACUCCGCCACUGCUCGACUGGUUCGUAUGUUUACUUCUGAAGUGAAAAUUCUGACUCCGCCACUGCUCGACUAA